AGUCGCCGCUGGAACGAGGGAUAUUGUGCUCGUGCAAGUUCCCACACUUAGGCCAUUCAUUGUCUCUCUAGGCAGGAGUCUCCGGCGUAUAAUGCCACGCCCGAAAAGACCCGGCGCACCUGAACCGAAACGGCGAAGUCGAAAUGGAUGCUGGCCGUGUAAAAACCGCAAAAUCAAAUGCGGCGAGGAACGGCCAAAUUGCUUAAAUUGUCAGAGGACGGGCGAAACAUGUGACUAUAGCAUCCGUUUGAACUGGGAAGGUCGAAGGGGAAAACGACCUGAACCCGGUGUCAUAGACUUUGGCCGAGAAGUUCUAUCGCCGCCAUUGCCCGCCAGAGGGUUCAAGCUAGUCCACCAGUAUCCUCUAUCUGACGCCCCAGGAACGCGGAGACUUGAACCCCUGACCGGUCCGGCAACUCAGCCAAAGGCUAGAGUACUUCCCCAACCCGUAAUCCCUUUAGAGAAUUCACCAUCUACGAGUGUUGACGAUACAGACUCUUCCUCUAUGCCUAAUAGUAAGCGCAUGAAGCUGACGUCGGAUUAUCAGUCGCCUGAUCCCCAAUCGGCGCGACUAAUUGAGCAUAGGCAUAAUUCCGCGGCGAGUUCAACUUUAGAUUCUAGCGUGGCCUCUUUCAGGUUUGCACUUGGCUCUGGCUUGUCGGCUGGCUCUCCACUAACUCCUACUACGUCGUCUACAUAUAGCGAUGAUGAUCAAAGACACGCAAGUCGGAGACUUUCCGUAAACUCACUUUUAUCGGCGCCCCCUGGCCCUCAGGCCUUGCAAGAUGAAAACGCUGGCCGCCCAAGGACUGGCCUUCCACCGAUAGACACCCGGGCGCGCGGCUCGACAGGAACUACCUAUCAUGGAAUUGACAGAGGUUUUCCGGACCAUGAUCUGGGCAGGAAUGACGAUAUGAUUGCAAUUAGUGGGUCGUCACCGUUACUACAGCGCGAGUUUACGGACGCUCCUUUUAGCGAACAAGGGGACGAUCCGGUUUGGACCGAAUUUGGAUUCGGGGUAGAGACUAACGAGUUUAACGACGAAGAGGGUGGAUACUAUUCAAAGCCGGUAUCAAUACAUAUACCUCGAAAUCUCGAGCCCCUUCCAUCAAAGCUCAUAGAUAAUCCUAUGAACCUUCUUUAUUUCCACCAUUUCUUGAACCAUACAGCUCGAGUCCUCGUCCCUUACGAUGAUCCACAUGCCAACCCUUUUCGAAUAAUUCUCCCACAGAUGGCUGUCAAGGACGAUAACCUCUUAGCGCUUCUGCUAGCAUAUUCAGCUUCUCACAGAGCACGAGUCUUGAAUCAUCCCGAACCUACAAUUCGAAUCGCCUACUGGGUGGACGACGUAUUCCCUGCCCUUCGGCAGGCCCUAGAUGACCCAAAUAGGAAUUUCUCCAAUGCGAACUUGGCAACAGCUAUUAUGCUAGCUUCCCUUGAGAUAAUCUCACCUAAAGUAUUCGGAUAUGACAUCUCGUGGCAAAGGCAUCUGGGCCUCGCGAGAGAACUUAUAACCGCUCGCCCUGGCGGUCUCCGCGGAUUACAAUCUAACUUCCGCCAUGAUCCGGUCUGCUCCUUCCUAUGGAGCUGGGCUGCAUAUCUUGAUGUCAUCGGAAGUCUUAGUGGAGGCCCCAAAGGUUCCUCAUCGGCCUGGAUAUUCGACUAUGAAUUGGAUGACAUCGAUGACGGUUACGAUGAGAUAGACUGUAUAAUGGGAUUCACUACACGGUGCAUCUAUCUUCUUGCCAAGAUUGCUGAUCUUGCCCGUAAGUGCGAUAUCGAGCGCAUUGGAGAUGAUCUUAAUAUACGGCACAACUGGGAGCCGAGCGAAGAAGUAUUCAAGCAGGCCUCAAAGAUUGAGGAAGCUGUUACCGAGAGCAUGGUCCAAUCCCCGGUACCUUGUAAGCAUAUACAUAAGAAAGGCGACGUGGAGAAAUGGGACAGGCAGGAGAUGGAGGCAACAAAUGAGGCGUUUCAUUGGGCUGGGCUAGUCCAUCUUUACCGUAGGAUCAUGGGGAAGCCGUCUGAGGACAGGACUGUGCAGAAGGCGGUACAAAAGAUCAUUGGAUGUUUUGGCCGCAUUCGAUUGGGUGGAACAGCAGAGUCGUGUCUUCUAUUCCCAAUGUUCACUGCAGGAUGUGACGCUAGGGACAAAGGGCAGAGAGACCUGAUUCUUCAAAGGUUCGUAACGGCCGAGAAUCACGGAAUGACACAGAUACAUAAUGCACGCCGGCUAAUGCAAAAGGUAUGGGAGACCAAAAAACCUUGGGAAACUUUGGUUAGCACGGAAUUUAUUGGGUAGUAGAUUCGGUAACUGGGAUAAAGGGAAGGGAUAGGAACCAUAUAAUAUUUUCUAUGUGGCUUAGGGACUUGCGGAUUGAUACCAACGAUACGGAUCAUUGUAACCAUGACUGUGGUUUAUACGUUAUUGGGGUUAUGUACCGGGAUGGACGAGUAUAUGACGUUUUCAAGUCAUUAUUGAAUUGUCAUAGCACGAAAUACAUAAACGUCUAAGCUUAUGUAACAUAAUACAUGUCUACGGUAUAUGCUAUGACGAUAGUACUAUACGAGGUAGGUAAGUAGGUACAUGUAAGUACGUGGAGUGGAAUUGAUUA